AUGGCCUUCGUCCCGCCCAACUUCAGGGUCGACGUCCCGAGCGAGGAUGAGCUCGUCGCCGUCGGCAUCGUAUGGGGCCUGUCUCUCCCGCUCACCAUCUUUGGCAUCUUCCGCUGUGUCCGGCAGACGUACAGCCAGUACCGGCGGACCAGGAGGGUCAACCUGUACAUGUUCCUCAUCUGGCUCGAGCUCAUCUCGACGACCUUGAUGGGUGGCACCGCUUGGGGAUACGUGCGGGGGGUCAUCCCACCCAGCUUUACCAUCAUAUCUCACAAAAUCCAAGUCAUCCUCUGGAUCGUUCAAAUCAACGCCAUCCUCCAGAUCAUCCUCAACCGCAUCAGCCUCAUCUCCGACAACAAACCCUACUUCCUAUUCGGCUCCGUGCUGCUCCUCCAGGUCGCCGUCGCCUGCGUCUGGAUCCCCGCGCAGCUCCAGAUCUCGGACCUGUACGUCCACGUCAACCACGUGUUCGACCGCACGGAGAAGGUCAUAUUCGCCCUCAUAGAUCUGUGUCUCAACGUGUACUUCAUCUAUCUAGUACGGUCGACCCUCAUCGCUUACGGGCUGACCAAGUAUGUGCUGUUGUAUCGUGUCAACAUAGCCAUGAUUCUCGUUUCCAUGACCAUGGAUGUGAGUACGAUUCCUACUGCCGACUACAUCAACCUGCUUUACCUAAUAAUCUCCUCUCAGGUCCUCAUCAUCGGGAUGAUGUCGCUCCCAAGCGCCUUCUUAUACGUGCUCUUCCACCCCCUAGCCUACCUCAUCAAGCUCCACAUCGAACUGUCGAUGGCAGAGCUCAUCGCCAAGCUCGUCAAGGCCUCAAGCAGGAGCCGAAGCUGCCUGUGUCCCUGCACCGAGGCCGACAACGACAUCCUGGUGGCGCCCACCACCGGCCGCGUCUCGGAAUGGGCUCUCUUCCGGCGUCUACGGGAGACUCGGGCGGUGGUCGAAAAUGGGACCCAGACUGACUGA